GUCUGAUCCAACAGCACGCGGCUGCCGUGCGCUGGGGAUCCCCAACCGUGCCUCCACCAACUCUCUGCAUCUUUUUUUUUUUUUACACGCGCGACCUCCGACAGCAGCGAACGAGCCCUCGGAACCACAUCCUACCGCGCAGGAAACCGACCGGGCAGAAGCGAGUCUCGGAAACACCACCGCCGCCAUGUUAAUCAAGGUCAGGACGCUCACGGGCAAGGAGAUCGAGCUCGACAUCGAGAGCGAAUACAAGGUCUCUCAGAUCAAGGAGAAGGUCGAGGAGAAGGAGGGCAUCCCGCCCGUUCAGCAACGGCUGAUCUUUGGCGGCAAGCAAAUGGUCGAUGACAAGACCGCAUCCGACUACGCCCUCGAGGGUGGCGCCACCCUGCAUCUUGUCCUGGCGCUGCGUGGAGGGUGCUGAGGGGAUAGGGGGCUCUGAAGUACGGAUAGAGUUGGCUGGACACCCUGCCUACAGAUGGCGGAUCGACAAACAUAGGAGAAACAAGAGUAGACAGUAGUGAUAUCCCGUCCUCGCGUCACCCAUUAGAACAGCCGAAAGUCGGGUUGUUUUAUGCCCCUUGUAUGCCUCGAUUGAUCAGCGGCAUCGCCAAGAGGCUUCUGCCCGGGACGCGUUUUAGUUGAGCGAAGUAGAGGAUCUGGCGUCAAACAGAUUAUCAUUCAUAAUCGCAGUAAGCAGUAGAAGCUCCAACAACACCCGAGUUUACCUCAUAAACGGGUAGCAGCUCGUUGAUUUCAUUGAACAGAAGAUAUAUCCCAAAACGCCUCCGAACUGAUGCUUUGCAUCUAUAUGCAGAAUCCAGC